AUGGCGGGUCACAAGUUAACGCCUGCUGCUAUGGCAAGUAGUUUACUCUUGGGACUAUUACUUGCCAUUGGACAUCAUUUCUAUUACCUUUACCUUGACGGGAGGAUUGUUGAAAGCCAGAGUCAGCAGCAGUGGUUUUUGAGAGCAGGCACUGGUUUGGCCUUUUUAGUGAGGGCCUUUCUAUCUGCAGCCGUGGGAAUCGCAUAUACGCAAAUAUUAUGGCGAACCCUGAGAUCGAAACCCAUCACUGUUCAGGGAGUCAACUCACUUUUUGGCGUCGUCCACAAUGCGUGGGACUUUAUUACGUGGGAACUUUGGACUGCUGCCCCUUUACUCGCAGUAGUGGCUAUCAUCGCAUGGGCUCUUCCGCUUGUUGCUGUUGUCACCCCGGCUACUCUUACUGUCCAAGUCUCCUCCCAACCAAAUAUCACAGUCCUUGACGCUCCAAUUCCAAUUCCCGAUUACAGCAACUUUGCGACCUAUGGCGAGUACACGGGCAUGGGUGGAGGUGGAAUUCUCGUUCCAUCAACCUAUAUGUCGAGACUGAUUCUAUCAGUGGUGUCUUUGGGCUCUAUCUUGACUGUGCCAGCGCCAUUUCCGAAUUCAUCAUAUGCUCUCGAAUUCUAUGGCCCGACAAUAUCCUGCUAUACUCCGAAGAACGCGACAUUUCUGAAACAGGUGGACAAAAUUAUUCAGGAGAAAGAUUCCUAUUCAGCCACAUUAUACGCUGCCUUUGUACCCAGUUUCAGUCCUUACCGUUCCUAUUCCAAGAUUGAAGAAUAUGCAUUGCAGGGCUUGAAAGAUGCAUUGAAUAGUUCCGCACUAUCUUCACCGUCGUACAUAGACGAGACGUCAGCCACAAACGCAGACAGGCUCUAUGUGGUUGUGCCAAGUAUGGCAUACCCACCCAAAGCAAAUACGGCAAUCGAGUGCCAACUCCACAACGCAUCUAUUGCGCUGAACUUUACAUUCACCAACGGCCAGCAGAACGUCAAAUACAAGUCCAAAAAACUUAAUUCGGUGACGCACGUCGGCAAAGAAACGCGCUACGGUGAGGACCUCAAGCAUUGUAACGCUGCUUAUGCCUAUGGGUCGCUUUUUAGUGCUAUGGGCCAAUUCCUUGUUGGUCACCUAACCGAGAAUCACUACGGCAGGCUAUUUUCCACGUGGACGCAGAUUAGAAGUUCUGUUCUUAUGGAUACCAAGGAGAUGCAGAAUGUGAACAAAGACACGCCAGAGUCUAUGAUUGGAAAUAUCUCCUUGGCUAAUGCGCUGGAAGACAUAUUUGCAAACGCCACAAUCAGUAUGUUCAGCAAUCCGAAGUUUAUGCAAAACAAUACUGCUGCAUCCCGUGGCCCAGUUACUUAUUAUUCUGCACAAAACGAAUUCUCGUAUGAACCUCGCAACCUUUUUCUUGCAUACGGAAUAGGCCUUCUCCUUUCUUCCAUCAUUGUCAUAGUUGGGCUGCUAUGCAUCAAGUCUGCCUCAGCAUCCUAUGAAAGUGUCUUUUCAACUAUUCUACGAACGACAAGAAACCCUGACCUCGACACUAUCGUUCCUACAGCAGAGACUACAGGGGCAGAACCUCUUUCGAAACAUCUAAGCAAUGUCUGUCUGAUAUUACGUCGACAAGGAGGAGGACCCGAGAGUAGUAGUGAUGAAAGAGUGACGUUCUUCGCUGUGGAAUCCAAGUCGGACGAUAUGAAGGGGGAGAAAAUAUAUUCUCCAGCUGAAUCUUUGCUACGGCAGGACGAGACGAAAACACAAGCGGAUACGAUUGUUGAAGGCUCAAGUAUAGAUAACGAGUCACCAUGGGAAAGGAACAGAGGUCGGAAUCUUGAAAUGUCCAAUUACAGGGAGGCUAUAAGGAGAGGCUGA